UCCCCUCUCGGUCUGAGGUGACGGCGGACUGGAUGCGGCAGUAGUUGGAACCGGAGCCGGUUAACGGUCAAAUUUCAAUCUUUUGUAACACAUACGGCGAGGUGUCGGGGUACAGAGCCGUGUGGGGCGGAAAAAUUCGACGUGCUGGCUCCCGUGCCUCUAUGCUCAAGCUGUUUGCCCUGUAUUAGCCACCAUUUUUACUUAAUCGUGUAUAAGUGUCGCCUCGGCUCACGACUACGGCGAUUAGUCCGCGUUUUCCCGCCGCCCCUUCAGCUCGCAGGGAGCAGAGAGGAAAACAAACAGGUCGAACGGAGGAAGAUUGGUAGCCGGUUGGAUGUAGAGGUUGUUUAGCAGCGAAUGAAUCGUAGUCGUCGGCUACUAAUUCAGAGCUGGUCGGUUUCUUGUUUCUUUUUUUACGGGGUGCUUGUGCGCGGUGCAUUCCGGACGCUGUUUGGAGUUUCCCCCUCCUCCGAGUAUGUUGCCCCUUUCUAACAUUUUGUCAGGGCUGUUGGAGCGCGUAGUCUACCCGCUGCAGUUUUGUGUUUUUCACGACGCUGUUUACCGGCUAUAAUUCGACGCUUAAUGAUUUAAUUUUACCGGCUCGCCGGCUUUGAAUACAGUGAAACAGUUUUUAGAGAUGCACACGAGGCGCCUGGUGAAGCGCUCGGUCCUCGGCAGCCGCGUUUAUGCGCCGAGUCCGACGGGGGACGGUGCCCCGGUGACAGGAGUGGUCCAGGCUGUCAAGCAGGAAAACAGAGACUUGUCGGCUGCGGGAGCCCGGCGAAGCGUCUACACCGUGCUCAUGCAAGACGGGAGCCUCAAGGAGUUCUCCGAGGAGGAGAUAGCCUCGGGCUUCAACCACACCGCAGCCAAAGGACCACUCAAGUCCAGCCUGAAGAGCUCCAGUAACGGAGCUCCAGAUGGCCAGAAGGUGGAGGGCGGCUGUCUGAGUCCAGAGCCAGCGGAGGAGCAGCGUUCAACGGACGGAAAACGUGUUAGCCGGGACUCUGACACCCGAUCGGUGUCCCUGCUGGAGCAGAAACGCAAAGUAGUCUCCUCCAGCAUUGACGUCCCCCACGCUAGGCGGUCGGAGGAGGAAGUGGAUAUGGACAAAGUGACGGCCGCUAUGGUGCUGACGAGCCUCUCUACCAGCCCGCUGGUGAGGAGCCCACCUGUGAGAGUCAGUGAGGGUCUGAGUGGAUCGUGGAAAGACAACGGCUCGGCCGGACCCUUCACCCCAUCGAGCAACAGCUCCUCGGGGGGCUACUGGAGCUGGUCUGCUCCGAGCGAUCAGUCCAACCCCUCCACACCAUCCCCACCGCUCUCUGCAGACAGCUUCAAGCCCUUCCGUGUACCCAGCCUGGGAGGGGUGGGGCCUGGCCCCGCAGGACCUGAAGACCCCAUUCUGGAUGAGCAGGACGGGAGCAGCCUGCUCUUUGAUGAGCCCAUCCCUCGCAAGCGCAAGAACUCCAUGAAGGUGAUGUUCAAGUGCCUGUGGAAGAACUGUGGCAAGGUGCUGAGUACUGCCGCUGGCAUUCAGAGACACAUCCGCACCAUCCACCUGGGUCGUAACUGUGACUCAGACCUCAGCGACGGUGAGGAGGACUUCUACUACACGGAGAUUAAGCUGAACACGGACUCGGUGGCCGACGGGCUGAGUAGCCUGUCCCCAGCUUCGCCCUCUGUCCUGUCUCCCCCGCCUCCUCCCCCGUCUCCUCUCCCCUCGGUCAGCCAGCUGCCAGACUCCCAUAAACCGACUCAACCCUCUGACACCAAGGAGCCCCACGCCGGCGGCACCACGCCGCUCAGCCGCUCUGCACCCAGCGCUCUCUACCUCAUCCACACAGACCAUGCCUACCAGGCCACGGCUCCAGUGUCCAUCCCGUCCAGCAGCACCAACAACUCGGCCGGCUCGGCGUCCACCAGCUUCACUCCCACCAACAGCUCCAGUUUCAGCAUCUCUUGGCAGUCGCCACCCGUCACUUUCACCGGGACCACGGUGUCUCCCAGUAAAAGCCAAGGAUUUGGUGACCAACGUUCCCAGACCAUUGCAGUGCUUUCGUCCCCUCCCAGAGCCACCGCUGCCCUCAGUCGGAAGGUGCGUGGCGAGGGGAAGAAGUGCCGUAAGGUGUACGGGAUGGAGAACCGCGACAUGUGGUGCACCGCGUGCCGCUGGAAGAAGGCCUGCCAGAGAUUCACUGACUGAUCGUCCCCCGCAGCUCGCCAGACAAACAAGCCAUGCAGUUUUCCAGCUGAGGAAAACAAGGGGAAAAGGGGGGGGCGUCAUCCUGCAUGCAUUCGGUUUUCUUCAGAUCAACAUCGCAACUGUCUGUCAGCUAUGGCCCCGCCCUCGUUCUCCGGCUCCGUCCCACACCCCACCCAACCUCAUCAGCUCCACUGAACCAUUCCAGCUGCGGAAGCAACCGCAGGACGGCAGAGUCACCUUUCACAUCGCCGUCCGGGAUUCCCAGCGUGGGCUCGCCAUUCCCUUCUUUCCCAGUUUUUGGGAAAACCUCGGUGCAGCUAAACAGUGUAAAGAAAAAAAAAAAGAUUUCUGCAGUUUUUUUGUUUUCUUUUUUUAAUGUUGGGUUCAGUGUUGCAUCUUUCUAUGUUUUGUACAGCUCUGGUUUUUAAAUGAAAGUCUUGUCAAAGAAGGGGGUUGAGAAAAAGGCCAAAUGAUUUUUUUUUUUUUAAGUGUGUGUUUUCUCAAAAGAUUAGAGUAAAAAACACUUUUUUAUUCAAAAGAAGAAAGGAACUCUCUGAAGUCCGUUUGAAGAAAGCUAUGAAAAAGCACGUGGAGGUAAAGCUCGCAGUUUUUGUUCUUCCUUCGACUUGUUCGUCCCUUUGUAUCCAAUUCUGGACUUGAGGUGAUCUUUUAUCACGGUCCCUCACGCCUCCUGGACAGCACCGAGGGAAUGCAUGCGUGGCAUAGCCGGGAAGGGGUGGUGGACGGUCGGAAAGGAGGAGGAAGAGACACACACGUACACAAACACACACGAGAUGAAUGACCAAUGCAAAAAAAGAAAGAGAAAAAAAAAAAAGAACAAAUAAAGCAGAAGAUCCAACUUCCAGUCAGGGAAAGCAGAUGGACCAUACGAGUGAUCUACACACAAACACGGUUUCUUCUCACACAAUCAAAAGCAGAUCACGUCGACUUGUAUGCGUUGUUUCUUUGCUUUACCAGGGAUGUGAUUCUGAAGAGAGCAAAACAAACCAGCAGCUUAAAGUGUAUGCAGCACUAUCUCAACAGCUUCUAUCUUUCAUGACAACUUUGCAACCAAAAACUCCAAAAACUUUAUCCUGUCCUUCACGUUUUGUUUUGGGGUUUUUUUGGUUAAGGUGCCAUGUUUAGUGUAGUCGGUGUCAUUUAUUUCUUUUUCUUUUUUUUGGUGAAACUAAGACUGUUUACCUACCUGCUACUACAAUGUGUGUUAAAGACCCUCCUCAUAGCACUGGAAGUCAGCAGCAACGUUCAAUGCAGUCGCCCUCCUGCACCAACUUUUACUCCAACAAAUUAAGUUUGUUUACAUCUGCCACAAAGGCGUCAACCGAUGACCUGAUAUCCAAAAGAAGGGAGGGCUGAAAACCCAAAGUGAGAUACUUUUUGUGUAACACAGUUCCUUUGCGGUCCCUUUUAAAAGCUGGAAGUGUUUCCGCGUCAUCUCCUGACUGGACGUUACAGAAAGAGUAAUAAUAUUUGUCCGCCCGCUUGCGGCUGCUCCCCCUUAAAUUCUCUGCAGCAAGCUUUUGUUUUCAUUUUGGGAGAGCAAAGCGGCACUUAAUUAAGUCACUCCUUUGGCGUUUAACUUAAUUCACUCAGAACGCAAAGCUUUGGCUCACAAGAGUCUGUGUGAUUGGCUGCUGAGGUGAGAGCAGGUUGAAAAGCUUCCUUUCUUCCGCCUCAGAGCCAGGAAGUAGAAUCACGAGGCCCGAGCGUUUACAAACGCGGACCAACUCUUUCCAUCUGCUUUCUAAGAUCGUCCUGAAAGCCACGACCUUUUUUGGGAGGGUUUCUGUCAAACACACUCUCUCACACGCACACUCGCGCACAAACAGGCUUCAUCAGAGUUUCUAAAAACCAACACCAGCUGAUAAACUCACACACGCUCGUCCAGUUUAAGCGCCUGAAAGUCGUGGCGCUCUCUUACUUUUGAUCAGCUGUUUCUAGUUUGUUCCUGUAUCCUGUAUAUAUUUGUUUUCCUUUUACGCUCCUUUUUUGUUUUAAUGACCGCCAACCUCAUGUUACUGUUUAAGUCAAAUCUAUUGUCUGGAAAGAAACAGUUGCAUUCAAAACUAAAAACAUGAAACUAAUUUGUUUUUUUGUUAUUUUAAUUUUCAUACAUAUGAAUAUACACAUCCAUAUAUAUAUAUAUAUGUAUAUGUAUAUAUGAAGUGUUUAUGAUUUUUGUUUUCAUGUUCUGCUGAGGGAGACUCUUAUGUGGCGUCAUCGGCUUCAUAAACUAAGCUCGUUAGGCUCUUUUGAGUGAGCGUGACCCUCUCGUUCCCGCCUGGAGCUCCUUCACGUUAACGCUCUCCACUGCCGGCGCUGCGUCAAAAACUGCAGUUGAUUAAAACCUUUAUCAUAUUUCCAAUUCUGCCACUCCGCCACCCCCAUCGUUCCCCGCCCGUGUCACGCAGGCCCGCCUGCAAUUAGUUUGAUUGACACCUCAGUGUGUUUGCGCUCGCUGGCUCUUGCGUGUGAACUCUGAAGGAGCCCCGGGCACAGCGCGCGCGUGUGUGUGAGGGGGGGCUGAAGCUCGGUGCUCCUGCACUCCCCUGAAGCGUCUAACGGCCCGUGGCGUUUCUCUGUCUCGUCCACUCCUGAUUUGCCCGCACUGGGGUUUCAGGAUGUUUUAGUUGAGGCUGAACGGGGCUUCUCCGUCUCAGCGUCUGGAUCGUUUUCCUCCACUGAUGUUUAAAAUAUAUUUAUAUAUAUUUGGCAGCCAAUCAGAUUCAGUCAGGGUCCUGUCCAGAAACGAGUCCCUUCAGUUGUUCAGAUCAUUCAGAGCACUGGAUAAUUACAGUGGCAGCAUUUCCAGGCAGCUAGUUUUUCCUCUCUCUGGGUUGUCGAGCCGAUCUCACGGUUGACAAUAAGAUUUGGCCAAAAUAAGCUCAUCUCACUCCCUCGCUUAGAGGUGAUCCAAAAAAAAUUACCUCAAAGAUAUAUUUGCUGCCAUAUUUCUGAAACCCGUCCAUGUCCUCUUGGAUCGUGGGGAAGCUCGAUGGGAUUUGUUUUGUGGACCGUGGCCUGAUCUGAGAACAUCUCGAUGGCCCAAAGAUGGCCUCGUCGUGACGGUGCUUUCAGAGACACUCUGCCAGGGUUUGUCUUUGCAUGCGUCCUGGUGCCCUCGGCGGAGGGAGAAACAGAGGUGCUAAACACUCAACGCAGUGCUGUUUCUCCAUUAACUCCAUUUUGUAAACAUUGUUUUGCUGUAGAACAUGAAAAUAAAAAUAAAAUAAAAAAAACCCACCCAAAAAACAAACAAACAAAAAUACACGGUUGUUUUUUUAAAAUGCUUUUAUUUUGGUGACUUCUAUUGAUGACUGUUUCCUCGCGUCUGCGGCUCAGCCCUGUGAAUAGAUGGAAAACACCGGCAGAAUAUUAAAUCGGCUUAUUUUCUAUUUCACAUUGAAUCUGAACUCUUAUGUUCAAGCUUGGAAGUUAUUUUCUGUAACAACAAAGAGCUUCAGAAUAACAGCUGAUGAAAAUCGAAUCACAGUCCAUGUACUCACUGGUCCUUGAGCUUUCAGGCUUCAUCAGCAGGUUCGGUUUUCAUUGAACUGCAGAUCUUUUCAGCUGUGCAGUCUCGGUCUGCGCGAGUCUGAGCUUCAAAACAUACUCAAAAGAAUCAAAUAUUCACCGUGCAGGAGGGCUUGUUUCAUAACAGUCUAAUAAUUGGUUCAUUAAUAAUCACCGCAGCUGGUAAAAUUAGGACUAUGGGAACUAAGUUACAUACUUAUGGGUUGUAAAGUAGCUUAAAAUGGGUUGUUGUGUUCUUUUCUUAUUUUUGUCACAUAUACUGUUGCAGUUAUACUCAUAUUAAAAUAAUCAGACUAACAAAUGUGAUCCCAGCCAACCGGAAACAUCUGCUUCAGAAGACCCGCUGUUCAAAACUGCUGCUUGUGAGGGGCAGCCAAUCGGUAGAAAGCUGGCUAAAAAUGAAAGGGGCUGAACUCAUCAGGCUUGUACUGUAGCCCAUAAUAUAAAUAAGGAUUAUUUCAAACUGUGAGUCAUGCAAAGCUACUCUAGCAGAACCAGAGAAUAAAAGGCUCAUUAUAGGAAAGUAGCACAAUAAAUAGGUCCCCUUUUAAAUUUGCCUUUUAUCAGUGCUGAUGAAGACCUUCAAAGGCUCUGGAUGGAGUGAGUAAACGGGCAGUUUUUUCUUACCGUACACCGAGCAUGAUGAAAUUUGACAAAACGUGCAGACAUAUGGCUGCAGCAUCUUGUUAUUUAACUAUCAAAUAGAGAUAUUUGCAGAGAUGCAGAAUAAUUUAUAAUUUACUCCCAUUUAGAUGAAAAUAGCAGGGGGG